GCGCGGGAUUCGCCUCAGUUUGCAUAAAGCGCGAGCGAGCGAAUCGCACGAGAAUCUCGUCGCAAAUCCCGCACAGUCUGCACAGUGCUUAAAAAAAAAAUGUCAAUAUUUGCUCGUUUCCAAAAAAAUGCAAACUGCCUUUUUCUGAUUAUUUUACUGUGAAGUUAAUGUUCACUCGCCCAUAAACGUAAUUGGGUAAUCCGCGGAAAACUUGUCUGCAUGUUAUGAAAUGUUUAACUGCGUAAGAAACAGAGAUACAGCCUAGUAAAGAUGCAGAGGAAACCAGGAUUUCCUGUCGUGAAUUGUGCCAUCAAACCGCCAGAGAAUGGGAACCUAUCUACCUCGGAUUUGCACUGUGAUGAUGAUUUGGAGCAACAGCAACGGAGACAACAGCUCAUUAAUUACGGCCAUUCACAGUGGGGCUUCAAUAAUUGGAGUUGGUCCGUCACCAAGCAGGAGCUAGAUUUUGUAGACUAUGCAAAUGGCAAGUAUUGUGCAGGAGUGGUUGCAUAUGUGUCCAUCACAGUUAAGAAUAUAGACGUCCACAGGGAGAAUAUUGGAUAUGCAACUUCACUCGCUGCAAACAAAGGCUUUGCUAUUUACAAGAGUAGAAAGAGCGCCGUAACGAACGCUUUGCGGGAGACAUUACUAAGCUUCGGCGGUAGCGUAGCCAACGAGCUCAUGGAAUCGCUCGAAACACGCGCCGAAGUCGUGCCAUUGGCAACGGCAGUGCCGGAUCCUGUACCCGAGCCCGUAUUACCUAAGCCUGAGAAAGCUUCCCCUCCCGCGCGAGCGACGAGAAAAGAGCCGGAGAUAAACGUUCGCGCGGCGCACGGAACUCCUUUAGUUGCAAACCCCCCUCCCGUGGCCAAAGCGCACCCGAUGCCGGCCGCGUUGCCCCCUCCCCGCGCCCCGCUGCCUCGCCCUCCAGCGCCCCAGUUGCCACCCGCAGCCCCCCAGUUGCCCCCCGCAGCCCCGCCGCCUCAGAUUCGCCCGAACCCCAACGUAAGUUUCGUCCUCCAGCCGGUGAUGCCCCCGUUGUACGGCCCGCCCCGUCUCGGCCCGCCCGUAGGAGCGCCGCACGUUUUCCCGAACACCUAUUACGAGUGUUCGGGCCCGUGGCACUUCUACGAGAGCUACGACCGCCACCACGGUAACGUGAAUCUCAACUUCAAUAUCCCUCCGAAGAGCUUGGUGGUGAACAGUCGCAGCGGAUCGGUCGAGUGUAAGAGUGCGUGUCGUUCUGACGGUGAGAUGCAGUACGGGCCGCAGCAGGCGCAGGGCUGCUGGAUCAAACCGACCAUUUUCUACGAUGGCUUUUGGACCGAGCAGAAGGUGAAGAAGUGGGUCGCAGAGCAGGUGGAGAAGCAGUUCCCGGAGGAUCCCUCCCGCGAGUCCACGUCGCCUGGAAAUCAGCAGGACCCCCCUAAGUCUUAAUGCCACCUAAGUACGGAGUGAACAGAGGCCGUUACUCGACGAUCUCAGUAAAUGACAAACAACCAGGUUAUAUUUACCUUAACAGAAAUUUACUGUCAUUCUC